ACACACACUUACAAGGUGAAAACAACUUCAGCGUUGCUGUCACGGCUGGUAAUAACUAAAGAGCAUCUUGCAAUGCAUUCACACCAGCUGCCACGCUAAAUUGCAUUCCCUACUUCCUCACCCCCCACUUCCGGUCCCAAAGCUCAGAAAUAGCGUUCUGUCUUUUUCCGAAAUUGCACAUACUUCUGAAAUGUAACAUAAUGUGUCAAAAAUGUUGAGCAGCAUAGAGUUCACAGUGAAUGGCUUUAUCCUCACAAGUAGUGUGUGUGGUCUGGGACAAAUCAAAACGCAGUCACGCUGCAGCAUUCCAUUGAAAAGGAUGUCUGGUGCAAAGAUACUGCUAUUCCUGCAGAGCCUGUCACGUAGGAAACCUUUGGAGCCUGAAGGUGAGGUGUCCAACUUUCGGCGAUGCCUGACCACCCUUGACCUGUUGGCCCUGGGGGUCGGCAGCACACUGGGGGCCGGUGUGUACGUGCUGUCGGGAGAAGUGGCCAGAGCUGUGGCCGGGCCGAGCAUCAUAAUUGCUUUCCUUAUAGCAGCAGUGGCCUCCGUAUUUGCGGGACUUUGCUAUGCUGAAUUUGGAGCUCGUGUUCCUAAGACUGGCUCUGCCUACCUCUACAGCUAUGUGACUGUGGGAGAGAUAUGGGCUUUUAUCACUGGCUGGAACUUGUUGCUGUCUUAUGUCAUAGGGACGUCAAGUGUUGCCAGAGCAUGGAGUGGGACCUUUGAUGAUCUCAUCGGAAAUGUCAUUGCUAACUCUCUGGGCAAACAGGCUGCGAUGAACUUACCUGGCUUAGCUCCAUACCCAGACUUCUUUGCAGCUGGUCUUAUAAUGCUCUUGGCAGGGAUUCUUGCAUUUGGUGUUAAAGAGUCAGCUAUUGUAAAUAAGGUUUUUACAGCAGUUAACAUCCUGGUGUUGCUGUUUGUUAUCCUAUCUGGAGUCAUUAAGGGGGACAUCAACAACUGGUACAUUGGUGAAGAUUCUCUCCUAGAUGGAUAUGAAAACUACACAUCGCUGAAUGACACUUCCAUAUAUGGCAGUGGAGGAUUUUUCCCUUUUGGCUUUGAGGGAACAUUAACAGGAGCAGCCACAUGCUUUUAUGCAUUUGUUGGAUUUGACUGCAUUGCCACAACAGGAGAGGAGGUUCAAAACCCCCAGAAGUCAAUCCCACUCGGCAUUGUGGCUUCCCUCCUCAUCUGCUUCCUGGCUUACUUUGGUGUGUCUGCAGCCCUGACUCUUAUGAUGCCGUACUAUUUGCUCAGUGUUAACAGCCCAUUGCCUGUGGCCUUUACAUACAUCGGUUGGGGCCCUGCAAAAUAUGUAGUGGCUGUGGGAUCCCUCUGUGCACUGUCAACAAGCCUUCUAGGAUCAAUGUUCCCGAUGCCCCGUGUCCUCUUUGCCAUGGCCAGGGAUGGACUUCUCUUCAGACCUCUGAGUAAAAUGAGUGAAAGACAAAGUCCUGUUACAGCAACCCUAGCUUCAGGGGUUGUAGCAGCUAUCAUGGCGUUAUUGUUUGACUUGAAGGCGCUGGUUGACAUGAUGUCAAUUGGAACCCUCUUUGCCUACACACUAGUUGCAAUAUGUAUCCUCAUAUUAAGGUACCAACUAGACCUCAGCGAAGAUCCUAGUUUCAAUAAACCAGAACCCUUUACAGUUGCUGGAGUAGUAUUUCCUUCUUCACAGGCAACUUUAAGGACAUCAAAAAAUGUGUCUGUUUUAACAGUUUGUAUUAUCUUUUUAGCUAUCAUCCUAAGCCUCGUCAUAUCUGGGGCUCUAGACUCGCUGCAGGCCCUCGAGUGGUGGAGUUUACUUUGUGUCUCUAUCAUCGUACUGAUGCUGGUCCUCAUUACCCUGAUCAUCUGGAGACAACCACAGAAUACAACCAAAGCUGCUUUCAUGGUUCCUUUAGUGCCAUUACUUCCUAUUUUCAGCACCUUUAUCAAUGUCUAUCUUAUGGUUCAACUUGGAUCAGACACAUGGAUCCGCUAUGCAGUGUGGAUGGCAGUAGGUUUAAUCAUCUACUUCUGUUAUGGUGUUCAGCACAGUGUGCAGAAACAAAGGCUCCAAAAUUUACAGAACCACGUCAGUAUUCACAGCUUUACCACCCGCACUAUGGAGCAAAAUUGUGAACCUGGACAAGACUUUAAUAGCUAAACGAUGUGACAUGAUAAGCAUUCAGAGGGCAAAUCAUCAAGCAAAGUGAAACACUUUAAUUUCAAUAAAGCCAGGGGCCAGUAUGCAAGAGCAAGUUAUUAAUAAUAAUGAGUACAGUCACAACCUCUGACCUCUUUUUGUAUCCUUUUCUGUGAAAUUAAAUGUCCGGGAAGGUUUUUCGGUGCGUUGUUGUUUGGUGAUAGAUUUAUUUUGUUAUAAUUGAAAUGUUUCAAUAACUAAGAAAUUGCAGUGAACCACAUAAAUCACACUGGCAUUAUCCCAUGCUUAAUGCAAUAUUGUAUUUUCAUUUUACAGUUUCAGUUAUUGAUACUGAUACAUCACAGACUAGAGUGUGUAUGAUUUUACAAAGAAUAUAACAAUGCUCGAUGGUUGUGUCAAUCAGGCAUCUCUUUUAUAGUCAGGACUUUGUGCCAAAAUUCAGCAUUGAGAAAGAUCAAAUAUUGGAGGUAAAUGCUGUAAAUAAAUACAGCUCUUGCAAUGUGUAACAAUAAUUUGUAAUCAAUAUAUCACAUGACAUAUUACUCACAAUUGCUUUACAUUUAUGCAGUUUAGCUGUUUCAUAUUUUCAUUUAUAUUGUAUUAUAGUGGCAGGGAUUUCUUUUGUUGAGUUCCUUGACUGUUUGUCCACUGCACCCAACUCUUAAUGUAGCCUACUGAUCUGUUAUUAAACCAGUGUUCAAUGUAUUUGUAUCACUUUCUAUUAUCAUGUAAAAUCUAACAUUUUUUUGUGUGUGCACGAGGAAUAAACAUGACAUUUUUAAUGUUGGGAUAAGCAAUGUUGGGAUAGCUGCAACCUGGAGACCUCCCGUCUCAUGCCUCCCGUCCAUAGACUGUAUAUUACAUUAAUACUAUGAAUAUAAUAUAUUCAUAUUAUACUAUAUUCAUAAUAUAGUGUAUGCUCCCAUCUCAUGUCCUCCCGGCUGUUGCCGUCGCCAAGCUUUGACUUUUCAAAAUAAAAGCUUGCGUCUGGUCCGCUAUGUCUUUGGUGUUUUGGAUGUUUUUAAACGGAACAGUACGGCAAUCCUGCUAACGAAUACAACUUUUUCAGCAGGUGUCUUACUUACAACACGAUGGAGUUAGCAGUUUUGUGUUUAUAUGUUUGGGCGGGAUUUAUUCAGUUUGAUAAAUCACACGGUCUCUAAAGCUAUCUAAAUGAUGGUUUACACUGUAAAGUAAAAGUAAACUUUACAGGGAGGGACUAGAAAUCAAAUCCAGACUGCUUUUUUUUAAUUAUUAUUAUUUCAAGAGCGAAUUGCUCCUCAAUAUGAAUACAAAUUGAUUACUUAUUUUAUUACUUAUUUUGUUGGUAACCGUUGUUGUAUAAUCACAAUAUUACACAUGAGGAGGCCUACACUUCAGUGAUGCGCCUUUCGGACGAACUUUUCCCUCUGAUGUAAAACUCUAGUUUUAAAUGUUUUUAAGACACACCCACCAAACGAGAGAAAACAUAGCUCAAAUGUAGACUUAAUAUUUUCACCACAGACUGUAUUAUUAUUAUUAUUAUUAUUAUUAUUAUUAUUAUUAUUAUUAUUAUUAUUAUUAUUUCAUUAUUGUUAUUAUUAAUUAAUAAUAUACAGUCUAUGGAUUGAACGUGUCGGCCCCCUCUCUCUCUCUCUCUCCCGUGGGGUCGAAGAUCCAGCUUUUCCACUUAACGCUCCCUCUAGAGGCCCGGAGAACUUCCGUUGUCUAAUCUGUAUGCAGCGUUUUUUUCGUUUAUCUGCUUUUCUUUUUU